UUUUUUUCUUGUCUCCCGUCCCUCUGGUUCGCUACACUUUGUAGUGCAACACCAUUUUCUUAGACUCCUCUUUUUGUGAGAUGCUACAGCAGCAACAACACCAGCAACAGCUGCACUUUGAGAUGAUGCACUCGUACCAGCCUCAGCAGACCUCUGGGUUUUACCUGACUCCUCAACAGCUGCAUGUCCAUCACCAGCAUCACCUGCAGCAGCAGCAACAGCAACAGCAGCACCAACAGCACCAACAGCAACAACAACAGCAGCUUCAUCCCCUACUACAGCAGCAACCACCGCAAGGAAUGACUCUGUUGUAUGCAGGAGCAGCCACGAGCGAGGUGCGCGCGCCGUUUCCUUCGUUCCCAGCAACAACCUCGGUUCAAACAGCGGUGUCCUCCCCCACACUCUACCCGUCGUCUGGCGCGUCGAUGCCACCGACGACAAUGGCAAUUUCCCAGCAGCACUUGCAGCAGCAGCAGCAGCAGCAGAUGGCCUUUGUGCAGAUGCAGCAGCCGCAGAUGAGUGCGCAAUAUCAAAGCGCGUCGACUUUAACACCCUUCUCCCACCAGCAGCAGCAGCAGCAUCAGCAGCAGCAGGCGUCGUACCAGCACCCCCACGCCACCACGACGGGCGUGAGUGGCAGCACGACAAGCAGCAGCGUGUCUGGGAUGGGCUAUGGCGGCCACGGUGCCGCUGCUCAGCCUGUUGCGGUGGGCUCGGGCGUGGUCCAUUUUCACGCGCUCGCUUCGCCUUUUUUCGCUGCUUCUUCCUCCACACCCGCGUCGUCCGCUUCCUCCUCCUCCUCCUCCUCAUCUUCCUCUUCUUCUUCCUCUUCGUCCUCGUCUUCAUCAGUGAUGUCCUCCUUCUCCUAUGCCGUCCACCCUCAACAACAGCAGCAGCAGCAGCAGCAAGCGCCUGCUUUGCAUGUGGCCCAUCAGCACUCGCACCAAAAUGCCCCUUCUUUGAGCGCCGUGCCAGCAACGACCAUGCAGACCGACCCUUCGUCCUCCUCCUCGUCCUCGUCCUCAUCGACUGCUGCAAUGAGCACCUCGUUGAUGCACGCGAACGCAUCCCCGAUGGUGGCCACAGCAGGCAGCAGCAGCAGCAGCAGCACAACCAACAUCAUUGGAGCAAAUCGCGGUUUCAACAUGCAAAACAACCACCAAUCCGCAGAAUACUCACCCGGCUACAGCAACGUACAUCCUCCCACCACAACAGGCUCAUUGGCAUUUUCAGCGUCCCCUUCUAUUUCUGCAUCAUCGAACGGGGUCCAGUAUCAGCAGCAGCAGCAGCAGCAGCAGCAGCAAGUGUUUGUGAGUGAAAGUGCGAUGCGUCAUACACCUGCAAAUAUUAUCCGCCCAAUCCAGCACGUUCUCCCACAGCUUGGCCAAACCCAAACACAUUAUCUGCAAGAAUUCCAUCAACAAUAUCAACAACCGCAGCAGCAGCAGCAACAACAACAACAGCAACAACAUCAACAUCAACAACAACAGCCAUACCAUCCAUGGAAUCAACUUGUGGUGAUGCACGAGCAACCGCACGACGCCAACGCAACCGCCCCCGCCCUCGCCGGCGCAAUGAUCACUGGCAUGGGUGUUGGUGCUGUUGUUCACGGCGCUGGUGUUGGUGCGGGUACUGCGCGGUCUCAGAACGAGGCUGGAGGAACAACGGCAUUGGCAACACCUCCUCCUCUGACGCAUCAUCUCUACGCGCCCAACUCUCACCACCACCACCACCCCCACCACCACCACCCCUCCUCCUCCGCGCACUUGCAGGGUGUCUCUGUGUCUGCUUCCUCUGCACAGCCAUCCCUGAGCCACGGUGCUGCGCCGGGCCCGGCAGAGUGCGAAAUCCCAACCACGGCCGCAUUUUCAUUUUCAGGCCAUCGGCGGCAAUCGGACACACCUUCAGGCGGUUACACCCUCAGCUGGCACGGCUCGCGCGCGCGCACGCCAACGCCCGCCUCGCCAAACCCAGCUGCUUCUGCUGUUGCUGUUGCGACUGUCACCCCCGCAACCAUACUUGGCAUGCACACUGCCCAGCAGCAGAAUUAUGGCGGCCACCAAGCCCAAGCGGACGCACACCAACGGAUGAAUCAGCAGCAUCCCGACCUCGCUUCUUCUGUUGCCCCUGCCGCCGCUCCCGUCGUUGCCAUGGUCGAAGCAACAACACAAGCAACAGCAGCAGCUACAGACGACCAUGCUGCUGCUGCUGCUACGUCCAGCGCGCCAGGCGCCCGCAUGCCACUCGGCCGAUCCAUCUCGCACCAACCCCCGCCGCCACUCGAAAUCCCGCAAAACACUUUGAGCUCGUCAUUGAGCGCCAUGCGAUGCCUGUCGGAUGGCUCGCUGCCCAUGACUGCAGGAGUCAAGCCGCCAAACUACCACUUGUACCGCGAGCUCUCGCCGCCCAUGUCUGCGAUCGGAUCCUGCUCGUCCUCGGCGGCAUCCAUGACUGGUGUGUUUGCAGACGGUGGUGCAUUGGAUGCUCCCCAGCCCAUCAUCCCACAGCGUCGCCACUCGAGCGCAUCGCCUUCUGUCACCACAACGACCCCUGCGUCGCUGAUCGCCCCUGCAAACCCCCCGAUUCGACUCUUCCAGCUGUCGGUCAUUGCUGGCAACUUUGGCGAGCUGUCCUUCCUGCCGUCCUUCCCCUUUGCCGACGGCUUGGAGCUGAGCAUUGUGGCCGUGUCUGGCCGGAAGGUUGUCGAGUCGCUCAUGUCGCCGCCGCUUCGCCGCAAGCGUUCAGACCAUGCCACCAUCUAUCCAGGCACCGUCCUGUGGACGGUUCGCUUUGUUGCGCGCACCAACACGUCCGUGCCGAAAACGGAUGCAAUGCACGACGAGUACGACUUGGUCGUCACGCGAUGCCGCAGCUGCACCAAGGCAAUGGACGGCUCGUGCACGGGCGAGUUUGCCUUCAUUGGCAAGCCUUCCAACCAAAAGUCCUUCCGCGGCACUCGCCUCAAGCAUGGCAGCUUUGUGCCUGCCGUUGACAACCUCGGCUUCCGCUGCACCUGCACCUCGAGCGUCCGCAAGGGACACCAUCGCACCGAGUUUUUCGCCUGGUCGUACAAUGGUGUGCUUAUUAGCGAGCCGUUCUCUGUCAAGGGCCGCCCAACCGGUCUCAAGAAGAAUGCUACCAAGAUGCGAGAAAGCAUCGGAAGCGAGUCCCGCCUCAACAGCCAAAGCUGCAGCAGCGAGGACGAAGAGGAAGACGAGGACGAGCAAGGCGAGGAGACGGACGAAGGUUCGCCCAUGAUGGCAUCCGAUGUGAUUGUUCAGCAGCAGCAGCAGCAGCUCCACCAGCAGCAGCAGAUCCGCCGCUUGAGCACCAGCUCGACCUUGUCUUCCAUCCACGAAACGUCGUCCGCGUGCGCCAUGUCGAUUGCUAAUUCAACGACGCCUUCCGCUGCAUGCUCGCCUCGCCUGGACAGCUGGCAGCACCCACCCGCGCAGCCCAUCUCGCUUUUCAACACGACGCGUCGCCGCCACAGCGCCAAUGCUGCUCUCGCGCUUUCUGGUGGCCCGGCCAUUCGCUCGCCGCUUCUGCAGCAGCACGACGGCGCGCCACCGUCGCCCCGCAUGGACUACAACCAUUCCCCGCGCCUCCAGCCGGGCCAGCUGCAGGCACCUUGCCCGCCGCACAACAAUGAAGCCGACACGUACGCUUCCUUUGUCAUGUCUCAGCAUCAAGUGGAGCAUUGGCUCGCCAAGCCGUUCGACCGCGAAGCUGCUGAUUGCCCUCCCACCUUGGCCUUGUCCACGGACGCUGGCGGCAAAGCACACUCGCCACCUUCGCUUUACAUUUCGCGCGAGUCUGAACUUGAAGCCGCCUCAAUUCUCGGUGGACUUGGCAUGCAGUAACUCUCUGUAUCCCACUCUCUGUAUUCCGCAUGCGAUGUUGGAUACUUGUGUAUUUUUUUUUCAGCCUUCCCCCCCCCCCGUUGUUCAAUGUUAGUUUUGUUUCCCUCUUGUGUAAAGUCGCUUGCUGUAUUUUGAUACAGCGUUGUCUCUUCCUCUCAAUUCCCCCCCCCCAACUUCAGGCGAGUAAUAAAGAUUACUUUUUGUUUCAAC